AUGAAUGAUGCAAGUUUACUUUUGGGAAGACCAUGGCAAUAUGAUAUUUUUGUUGUUCAUAACUGUUGUGAAAAUACUUACACUUUCAUUCAUGAUGGUUUUACAAAGGUAUUAUGGCCUUUACAAUCUUCUACUUUAGUAAGUGAACAUUCAGAACCUAAGACAACUGCUCUAGUUUCUACCAUUACUCACUCUCUGCAACAAUCUCAUAUUCUAAGUUCUCAUGAAGCUCAUAAGUCUAUGGUGGAGAUUUCUAAUAAGGUACAAGACUUAUUAUCUUCUUUUGAUAAUUUAUUUCCUGGUGAAUUACCGAAUACUUUAUCUCCAUUAAGAGAUUUACAACAUCAAAUAGAUUUUAUACCUGGAACCUCUCUUCCUAAUCAAGCUCACUAUAGUUUGAGUCCAAAAGAGCAUGAGAUUUUACAAUGA